AUGUCUCCUAAGCCAAUUCUUGUGAAAACUGAAAAUCAAAAGAGUAUUAUAUUAACACCAAGUAGAAUAGUAAGUCGACCCGAUAAUCUUGAAGGCGGUGAAGAAACUGAAAUAGCUGCACAAAUAUUAGUGCCCCAAGAAGGUGGAUGGGGUUGGAUUGUAGUUGCGGCUUCAUUUUUAAGUGUUUUUAUAUUAGAUGGAGUAACCUUCACUUUUGGGAGUUUGAUAAAAGAUAUGUCGAACGAUUUUAAUAUUUCAGAUUCUUUUAUAGCUUUUGUGAACUCUUUGGCAAUAGCGAUUUAUUUUAUUGCAGGUCCUAUGGCUUCCGCAUUUAUCAAUCGUUUUGGUUUUAGAUCUUGUAUAAUGUCGGGAUCUGUACUUAGCUCGUUAUCUUUGUUCAUUUCUUAUUUUUCAACCAACUAUCCAUCACUUUGUUUAUUUUAUGGCUGUUUCGCAGGCUUUGGCUACUGUCUAAUUAAUAUGGCAGCCGGUCUUGUUGUAGGAUUCUAUUUUGAAAAGUUACGUUCGCUAGCGUUGGCUAUAGCAACAUGUGGUUCAAGUAUAGGUAUCAUGGUAUUUUAUCCAUUAAACACCUACUUGGUCAAAUUAGCUGGAUGGCGAACUGUUACACUAUUGCACUCCGGGCUUCUUGGUAUAACUUACUUUUUGGGUAUGACCUUCCAACCCUUACUCUCAUUUACAGUUGCGAAGACAACAGAGGACCCUACACGUACUGUUACCUAUUUACCAAGUUUAUCAACUGCUGCAGUACGUCCCAUGGUGUCUCGUACCAAGGCUGAAGGACUAGUGCCCACAGCUACCGAACGCUUAUUUUGUGCCGUUUCAAAUUUGAAUUUUCCAACUGCAGCUGCUGUAGUAGAUGACAAUAAAUUUACAUCAGAUGCUCAACCUGGUCCGUCAACGGGAGCAGUAUCUAAAUUAACAUUAACUGCAAAUGCUCCUCAGGGUGGUAUUAGUCCUAGACAGUUAAAACAAUUUCAGUCUAUUAUGUCAAGAACAAGUAUUCAAGAUAAAAAGACCAUUGAAAUAACAGUAACUGUAGAACCGCCUAAAAAAACUGGUUGUUGCGGUCGUUUAUGUAAUUGGGAUCAACAUGUACCCCAAUCUCGCCCAAUGUAUCGAGAUGAUGUAUUUUACGAUGGCAAAUUAGAUAAACUUCCAGUUUACCAAAAAAGUAAGAUGACAACAGAAACAUCCAAAACUGGUUUAGAAUAUCAGUUGGCCGUCUCCAGAGCAGCAACAGCUAUAGACUUACGAGAAAGAAGAGGAGUAUUUACAACAGCUGCUAGAAGAGUGCUUGCAACAAUGAUGGACCCUAAACUAUUGAAGAAAAAAUCAUUUUUGUGUUUAUGCUUUGCUGGCAUGUUAAUUUAUGUAGGGUUUUUAGUUCCUUAUGUAUACAUACAAGAGAAAAAUAUUGAAGCUGGCCUAGAUCCCCAGCAUUGUUCUUUAUUUGUGAGUGUUAUAGGCUUUUCUAAUGCUGCAGGCAGGUUGAUAUUAGGGGCUGUCGCCUGUUAUUUUGAUCCGCUAUAUGUGUAUGUAUUUGCUAUGUUAAUAUCGGGAAUCAGCACGAUGGCUUCAAACUUGUCAUUUAGUUUAUAUUAUCAAUAUUUGUAUUGUUUUAUUUUUGGUUUCUUUGUUUCAAGUGUUGCUUCUUUAAGAAGUAUGGUAUUAGUAACUUUGUAUGGGCUGGAUAAUUUAACAAAUGCUACAGGGAUUGUUUUAUUGUUUCAGGGCAUUGGUAGUUUAAUUAGCACUCCAGUUGCAGGUGUACUUAAAAAUGUAUAUGGAUUCACGGUGUCCUUUUAUAUUGCUGGAAUAUUUAUAACGAUCGGUGGUCUUAUUCUAUUGCCCGUCAAAGGAAUGUCUUUCAAAGAACAAAAACGAACUUUACCAACAGUUCAAACUUAA